AUGGCGUCAGACUUGGAUCAGCUCAUUGAAAUGGGCUUCGACAAAGAACGCGCCCAGAUCGCGGUCACGACAACAGGUGGUUUACAGGGUGCUUUGCAGUGGCUCGAAGAUAAUCAGGACAAAUCGUUGGAGGAAAUCCAAGCUCAGUCUGCGGCACAGGAGGAGGAGGGCCCCGCACUCCAACCUGGUGAAGCACCGCGCAGCUUGGUUUGCAAUGAUUGUGGCAAGAAGUUCCGAAGCACCGCACAGGCUGAAUUCCACGCUUCCAAGUCGCAACAUGUCGAUUUCUCAGAGUCCACGGAAGAGAUUGCCCCCUUGACUGAGGAGCAGAAGAAGGAUCGAUUGGCAGAGCUCCGGGAGAAGCUUGCAGCGAAGCGGGCAGGACAAUCUGAGCAGGACAAAAUUGACAAGAAGAACAACGAGAAAAUUCGACAGAAGAGCACGAAAGAGAGCCAAGACGCCAAGGAGGAGCUCCAGCGGAAACAAAUGUUGAAGGAAGCGGCAGCCAAGAAAAAGGAGAAGCAAGAUGAAAUCGAUGCAAAGAAGCGUAUCAAGGCAAAGAUCGAGGCGGACAAGGAGGAAAGACGCCUGAAGGCUGAGCGUGAACGAGCUGAGCGUGCCGGCGUCGCCCCUCCUCCUAUGCCAGCUGCUGCACCAGCGCCCACUGCUUCGGGUCCAACUACCUCUAAGCCAGCUUCUGCAUACACAGAAACCCGCUUGCGAUUCCAGUCACCCAAUGGGAACAUCAUGAAGACCCUCCCCGUUGACACCACGCUGUUCGAAGUUGCCGCAGUACUGAAGGAGCAAGAUGGAAUUGAGGUCCAAAGCUUCGUGCAGACCUUCCCCAAGAAGGUAUUUGAUGCAGAGUUCUUUGGGGAGACUUUGAAGGAGUUGGGACUUGUUCCCAGUGCAUCUUUAGUCGUCCAAUAA